UCAUCGUUCUGCUCACCAUAAAACUUUUUUGCUCCUUCCACCACCGUCUGACACGAUGACCGCCUGGAGAACUCUCUUCACUUACAACAAGUUUGCUUCAAUCACGGCUCGUGCUGUCCGCUCUUCGCUGAAGGAAGAGGAGCGCCUCCUUGCGGAGAAAAGAGGUCUCACUUCAGUGAGGUACCAGAAAUGGGCCAAUGGUGUUGGCGGCGUCCAGACCUUGGUGAAAGAGGAACCCACCGUUGGGUUGAAGUCCUCGUGAACACAGCCCCCGUAGAUGACGCUGUCUCCCUUUGGCAAAGACAAAACACUUCGUUGUAUUCUCGGUGAUAUAGACAUUCGAACAACGUCAAACC